AUGCUAAACCCUGACGAUUUACCAUUCUUCGACCCUACAAAGACUGAAAAGAUUGCUGUGGUGACGGGUGGUCACAGUGGGAUUGGAUACUACACAACAUUGCACUUAUUUAUGCAUGGUUUUACAAUAUAUAUAUGUGGGAGAAAUUCACAUAAAGUACAUAAGGCAAUGCGAACAAUAAUAGACGAGGCUACAGACCGUACCAAUACAUUACAAUUAGAUAUAAGAAAUGAAAGGCGAUCUUUCUUUGGCUCAAUACAUUAUAUACAUAUUGAUUUAACGGAUUUGAAAAGUGUAGAACGUGCUACAUUAAAAUUACAAAGAAGCGUAACCCAUAUUGAUGUGUUGAUAAAUAAUGCGGGUAUUAUGGCAGUACCUUAUCAAUUAACGAAAGAUGGAUUUGAAACUCAAUUACAAACAAAUUAUAUAUCACAUUUCUUAUUUACAAUGCGGCUGUUACCAUUAUUGAAAGAAUGUAAUGGAAGAGUAAUAUCAUUAUCCUCCUUGGGUCAUCUUUUAGAGUUCAAAUAUUGGAAAUUAAGUGAAAAAUGGAAUAUUUGGCCUGAUAUAAUAUUUACGUGGUUUAGAUAUGCGAUUUCUAAGACAUCUCUUAUUCAAUUUACUAAAAUGUUGGCUAUUAAAAACCCUGAUAUAUUAUGUAUUUCACUACAUCCAGGUCUAGUAAUGAAUACGAAUUUAUUCAGUUAUUGGACUAGAUUACCUUUAAUAGGUAUAUUCUUUUGGGUAUUAUUCCAAGUAAUUGGCUUCUUUUUCGGUGUAUCUAAUGAGCAAGGUUCAUUAGCUACAUUAAAAUGCGCAUUGAGUAAUAAUAUGUCUACUGAAAAUGAUAAUGGUAAAUAUUACACAACUGGUGGUAUAGAAUCUAAGAGUAGCUACAUUGCAAAUAAUCUCGAUGAUGCAGCAUCAACAUGGAUAUGGACGGUCCACCAAUUAAAGGAUAGAGGAUAUAAAAUAUAA